CCGGUUUUACUUUUGCGUUGUAACAUGGCAAGUUCGGGAAACUACAGCGAUCAGGAAAAGGCUCUAGAGUACGUUAAAUCACUCAUCAGACCUUUCCCAGACUUUCCUAUACCUGGAAUCAUUUUUAGGGACAUCUGCCCUGUUUUGUACGAUUGCAAUGCAUUGAGGACAGUUACUGACAUCUUGACUGAGCACAUAAAGGCAAACUUUGCAGGCGUUGAUGCUAUUGUGGGUCUUGAUGCCAGAGGGUUUUUAUUUGGGCCUAUUUUGUCUCUGAAUCUAAAUUUGCCUUUUGUCCCAGUCCGUAAAUCUGGGAAAUUGCCUGGGCCAACAGUGAAGGUUUCUUCAACAAAAGAAUAUGGCAAAGAUGUUCUUGAGAUGCAAGUUGAUGGCAUCCAGAAAGGCCAAAAAGUUGUCAUAGUUGAUGACCUGCUUGCCACAGGGGGCACUCUACAAGCAGCUUGUCAACUGGUGAAAGAUGCUGGUGGGGAAGUGUUAGAGUGUGUCUUGAUCGUUGAACUGGAGGAACUGGAUGGAAAAAGCAAGGUCCCUGCUCCUUGCUACUGUUUGUUGAAGUUCUAGAAAGCAAUUAUUGUGGAGAACAAGAGGUCAUAUAGAUUGUUUAUAUUCAAACUAGAGAACAGGAUACCGUUUUUAGAAAACGAAUGAUUGAUAUAACAGGUAUUCCCCAGUAAUCACAGUGCACUUUUUUCCUAUGGUUUGGUAUGUUUGGUAAUCAUGUCCAAGAAAGGAAGUGAAAGGAAAUGAGUAGUGAAUAGAAACGUUAUUAGAGAUGGGGAAUUGGAUUUAUUUCUAAGUAUUUCAACAACGUUUUGUAACAAACCGUCCAAACGAUAGGAAGAGGGACGGUACAUCGUUAAGGCAAUAAAAGGGAAGGACACACUUAA